AAGGAUGGACCAUUGGUGAACAGAAUAGAGAGGACGUGUUUUUUUAUUUUUAAGAUUUGUCUGAGGUAUUUUUUUCCGUGAACUCUACUGGACUUGUCAUCAGAACUUUUUAAACCACAAGGAUAAAAAAACAUCCAUCAGAGUGGAGACUGCCUCUCAGGUACUGCCGGUUCAACUCUGUGACAAUGCCGGUGAUCAUACUUGAGACCAAAGACUUCACCGGUCCACUUUUUUUGGUGCGGACAUGGGCAGUCUUAUCCAGCUGUACCACCUUCAGUCUCGUGUCCUCGCUAGAACCUGUGGAACUAAACAAAAAUGCAUCUCUCUGCCAACACCCCAACCCGUUCAGGAUCUUCUGCAUGUUUACCUGGUGCUUUUAUUUCACCCUCACUCUCCUCAUUCACAUCCUCAGCGUCAUCCAGUUUCACAACCUCAUCCCAGUUUCCUGGAAAAACCUGACUGUGACAGUGGCCUUGUCAGGUGCACUGAUGUCCCUCAGUGCUUCUGUACUUUUCCCGUGGAUCGUCAUGGAUCACUAUAAGGAGAGGCAGCGCUGUGUGGCAGCGUCUGUGGUUUCCUGUCUCACCUUCCUGGCCUACUCUUCAGAGUCCUACAUUCUCCGCACCCAAGCCCAAGAACAAAGAGGCUACAUGGGCAGCAUGCCUGGUCUCCUCAAGAUAUUCCAGCUGUGGGGAGGCUGUCAGAUGAUCGUCCUGGUUGUGGAGGUGGUGUGUGUGCUGCCUACCCCGGAACACCGUUGGCAGCUGUGGGUUACCAGCAUAACAUAUGCCGUCUGUGUCCUUACCUGUUUUGCCACAGUGGUUGUAAUUUUAGGUGACUGUGCUGGGCGAUGUCUCCUGCCCUUUGACAAAUGUAUGACUGGCUUCAAUCUGACCGGGGUGUUGUUCUAUAUGGUGGCCACAGUGAUUUGUUUUACUGAGAUCCUGCAACUGAGAGAAAAAGGAAGUAUUUCAGGCAAAGGUUUUCAGCUGGUUAUAAUGGAAACAGUUGUUGCCAGUAUUACACUCUUAGCCUACACCGUUGACUUUGCCUUUUCCAUUAAACUACUGUGUCACAGGGGUCAUACAUGAAAUAACUCAUCACAUUAAAUGCACUGUAUUUGACAUUGAUUAUGUCUAGUCUUGGGAUUUUCAGUGAGGUUAUCAUGGGUUUGAGAAUAUAUAAAGUCAAUUUGAAGAGAUGAUUUUGCUCUUAAACAUUGCUGUGUAAAUACUCUGACUUGUAAGACAAUUCAAGUUGUUUGUAUUUAAGGCUUAAAGACAAAGAGAUUUAUAUAUCUGACCAUCUGUAUGACAUUUAUACAUGAGUUAGCUAUGACUCACAUGCUCAGCAACCACUAAACCUGGGUAAUUUGACAGGUGCACUGACUCAUAAGCAUAAUUGUAUGGUGUUUGAACUUUAGUGGCAGCUGUAAACGGAUAUCAAUGAUAAACAUGAAUUGACAAACUGUGAGCCUAUGACAAAUAAUUGAAUUUAUACUAAAGUGAAUAAAACUGAAGUGAAAAGUUCAAUUAUUGAUACAAAUUUGUCAUAUCAUUGAAAGAUUAUGGAUCAGAUCAUACAAUGAUUAUAAAUCAGAAUUACAUAAACCUUAAUCUGGCUGGAACAGUUCCUAAUCAUUUACAAAAGAUGGCAACACUCUUAUUAACAGAUUUAUUUAAAUCACAAGAUAAAAUUUACAAUUAAGAGCAUAAUAAAUAUUUUCUUACUCAGAUGAACCAGAAUUAAUUGUUUUUUAAACAAAUAUAUCAUAUCUAGCUUCAUGUAUACCACGGAUAAGCCACACAUCACAACAAUUACCUUCACUUGUAAGAAGAUCAAAAUGUCUUUAUUCUCAUAACAUUUUUCACUCAUACAGUUGCAAAGCAAACUUGUUUGAUAAAGGGCUCAUUACAGCUAUUAGAUUUGAGCUGCUUAAAAUGAAUACGCAUCGAACCAAUUAACCUACACAUUAUGGGAUCAAUUUAAAAAAAAAGGAAACCAGAGAGGGAAAAGGGAAAAAAGAAUGGAACGCAAUAAUGUAUAUGUGUAUAUAUAUGUAUAUAUUUAUAUAUAUAUAAAACACUUAUAUAAGUGUAAAUGUUUAUAUAUACACAUGAAUGUACUGCACAAAAUACCAAUUUAAUUAAAUAUGUCUAUGUAAAUUUG